GGCGUCUUCUUCCUCCUCCUUCUGCUCUCGGGCUCCCCACACACACACGAUCGAUCGAUCCUUCGCCCAUUCCGUCCCCUCGCCUGGCCUGGGCUGGAUGGCGUCUCCCCCGCCCUUCGACAUCUGCGACGGCCUCGACGACGACGAUGAACCCGCCACCGCCAUCCCCACUGAUCCUCAUCCGCCCGCCGUCGCCCCCACGCCCAACGGCCUCAACGACCGCCUCCUCCGCCUCACACGCACCCGCCCGCACCCCACCCAAAACCCUAACCCUCUUCAACCGCCGCCUCCGGAAGCUGCUGCCGAAGAAGCCAGGAUGGUCAAGCUCGCCGGCCGCCGCCGCCUAUGCAAGCUCUCCGACUUCGCCACCGCCCAGGAAAAGGAGGAGGAGGAGGAGGACGGCGACAGCAUCCGCGACAUCCUGGACGACCUCACCACCCGCCUCGACUCUCUAUCCGUCCACAAGCCCAACCCCGCAAGGCCCACAACGCAGCAGCUCGCCCCUGUGCCAUGCGCCAUUCCCACUGACCCAGAUGACGAGAGCACCGAGGAUGCCCAUGGGAACGCCUCCUCGCCCCUUCAAGUUUAUGGCACCAAGCAUGGCGAGGAGGAGGAAGGAACACCAACAGGUUAUGCUGUUAAGCAUGUAAGAAGGAAGGCAUUGCCAAGGAGGGCGCCCAAGGCCUCGACAUUUCGGAAUUAUGAUGACGAUGACUUGGGGAAGGAGAAGGAAAACUGCAGAGUUGUUGACAACGACGCUGAGGAUGUUGGCUGGGAGAAGACGGAGGACUUCAAGAUGGAGCCAACUGGAAGUGGGGCAACAUCCAAGCCUUACAAACUCCCAGGAAGUAUAUUCGAGAUGCUUUACCUUCACCAGCGUGAGGGCCUCCAAUGGCUUUGGGUUCUGCACUGCAGGGGAACUGGAGGGAUCCUAGGGGAUGACAUGGGCCUCGGCAAGACCAGGCAGGUUUCUGCAUUCCUAGCUGGACUGUUUCAUUCUCGUCUUGUCAAGAGAGUACUCAUUGUUGCCCCAAAGACACUCUUAAAUCAUUGGAGCGAUGAGCUUAAGCUUGUGGGCCUUAAAGAGAAGAUCAGAGACUACUUUGGCCACAACACUAAUAUCCGUAAUGAUGAGCUUCAGUAUGCCUUCAAGGAGGGUGGUGUUCUCCUAACAACCUAUGACAUUGUCCGUAACAAUUACAAGCUCAUAAGAGGUAACUCCUACAACAGUGAUUAUGACGAUGAGGACGAAACAUUGUGGAAUUAUGUCAUUCUUGACGAGGGGCAUCUUAUUAAAAACAAUAAGACACAAAGGGCCCAAAGUUUAUUUGAAAUGCCCUGUGCUCGUCGCAUUGUCAUCACUGGAACACCCAUACAGAACAACUUGAAGGAACUGUGGGCUCUCUUCAAUUUCUGUUGCCCAGAUGUCUUGGGUGAUAAACAACAGUUCAAAACAAGGUAUGAGAUGGCUAUCCUUCGAGGAAAUGACAAGAAUGCUACUGCUCGGGAGAAGCACAUAGGCUCAAAUGUAGCAAAGGAAUUAAGAGAACGGAUCAAGCCAUACUUUUUGCGACGCAUGAAAAGUGAAGUUUUCCUUGAAAAAGAGCUAGGCAAGAAGAAUGAGUUAAUAGUCUGGCUGAAGUUAACAGCCUGCCAGAGGCAAUUAUAUGAAGCUUUUCUAAAAAGUGAGUUAGUUCAUUUAGCAAUACAGCCAAAGGGAUCACCCUUGGCCGCAAUCACAAUAUUGAAGAAAAUAUGUGAUCACCCACUGCUAUUGACUAAGAGAGCAGCUGAGGGUGUCUUGGAAGGAAUGGAUGAAAUAUUAAAUGAUCAGGAUAAGGGAGUGGUGGAAAAAAUGGCCAUGAACCUUGCAGAUAUGGCUCAUGAUGAUGAUGCACUGCAAGUUGGUCAGGAUGUCUCAUGCAAGUUAUCUUUUGUCAUGUCCUUAUUGCGAAACCUUGUUGAAGAGGGGCAUCAUGUUUUAAUCUUUUCACAGACUCGUAAAAUGCUAAACCUUAUUCAGGAAGCCAUAUUAUUAGAGGGCUACAAGUUUUUGCGCAUUGAUGGUACCACCAAGGUUUCUGAGAGGGAAAGGAUUGUGAAGGACUUCCAAGAGGGUCCUGGAGCUCCAAUAUUUUUGCUAACCACACAAGUUGGUGGACUUGGACUUACACUCACUAAGGCGGCUCGUGUCAUAAUAGUUGAUCCUGCUUGGAACCCAAGUACAGACAAUCAAAGUGUUGAUCGCGCUUACCGAAUUGGGCAGACCAAAGAUGUGAUUGUAUACCGCUUGAUGACAUCUGCAACCAUUGAAGAAAAGAUAUACAAAAUACAGGUCUUCAAGGGUGCUCUGUUCAAGACAGCUACAGAGCAAAAAGAACAAACACGUUACUUCAGCAAGAGUGAGAUUCAAGAGCUUUUUAGUUUGCCAAAACAAGGUUUUGAUGUUUCUCUUACGCACAAGCAGUUGCAAGAAGAGCAUGGUCAACAAGUUGUUAUGGAUGAGUCCUUGAGGAAGCAUAUACAGUUUUUGGAGCAACAAGGCAUAGUCGGUGUGAGCCAUCACAGCCUCUUAUUCUCUAAAACAGCAAUCCUGCCCACAUUGAGCGAGAAUGAUGCACUGGACAGCAAACCUCGAGCCGCGCCCAUGAUGUCCCAGCACUAUUAUAAGGGAUCCUCAUCUGACGAUGUUGCCACUGGGGCGGCUCUUGCGUUGAAGCCAAAAGAUGAACAGUUCACUGCUCCAAGGUACUCUCCAAGCAACAGAAAUGCAGAGAGCCCUGAAGAAAUCGAGGCGAGAAUCAACCGCCUUUCACAGACCCUCUCCAACGCGGCGCUGGUGUCGAAGCUACCUGACGGUGCGGAGAGGAUAAGGAGGCAGAUAAGUGAGCUGGAUGAAAAGCUCACGGUGAUUUGAGUCUUCUACGGAGAAGAAGAAAGAGAAGGGGGCCACCGAGGUGAUCUGCUGUCUGUUUAACCUGGCUCAGGUAGGUAGGGUAUGUAGUGUUUUGAUAUUAGUCACUAAGAGUGACUAAUAAGUAGGCCAGCACGUCGUCUCCUUCCCCCCAUGUAUUGUUUUGGUAGUGGUCUGAAGGGGCCUGUUCCCGGUCGGCUUUAUUUGUAAUUAACCACCAAACAAACUGGUUACACACUACUAGGAAGGGGAGUGGAUGUCGAGUAGUACCCGUAGGAGACAUAUGGGAUUCCCACCUGGUGGAAGAAAUGACAUCAAUCAUGCAACUCUUCAACUC